UCUGUGCGCACCAAGCCAAGGGCAGGAGCAGCUCCAGUCGCGCCUGGUUCCGCCGUACCCAUCUCCACGACCUUGGUCUAGCAUGUUCUCCAGGGCCCCGGUGAGGCGAGUUCUGCAGUGGGUUCCCGGGAAGGAGCGACUCGGCAUCUACAGGUUCCUGCCUUUCUUUUUUGUCCUCGGAGCAGCGAUGGAAUGGAUCAUGAUCAAAGUGCGCGUGGGACAGGAGACUUUCUAUGAUGUCUACCGUAGAAAAGCCUCAGAAAGACAGUAUCAAAGAAGGCUGGAGGACGCCCCGGAGACUGAAGUCCAGCAGUCCAUGAAGUGAAUGGAAACUUCACUGCUGGUUUCAGCGCCCUUACAGAUGUACUUUCCAGACUUCUUGUUCUUAGACAGCUUGUCCCUCAGCAGCUGCACAGUAUUCCAGCAACUGCCUUUACAAAGAAGUUUUAUGGUUUUACAGUUUCUGCGUAAACACUCCUCAACUUACUGUUGCACAGCACUUGAGGGAAAAUUGUUUCCUCCUAAAAUACACCCAUCCAUUGAACCUAGUCCAUGAAAUAUUUUAAAAUAAUUCAAGGAUCAACCAGGAUGCUUUUCAGUGCAGUCUGAAUAAUUUGUGAAGUCCUUUGUUUUUGGACAACAAAUGAUAACCUUCUUUGCUUUUUUGCAGGAUUCAAAUUUAAUCAUGACAUAAAAGACCUUGCCCAUUGUGAGAUCAUUUACCAGGAUAAAUAAUUAUGCAGAUAGCAUUUCUGCUGGCUCCCACGUUGUAAACAUUUUGCUAGAGUGGCGGGAGGUCUUGACUGUGCACAUUACUCCUGGCAAGUGCUCUCGUGAACAGAAGUGGCCUCGUCCCUUGCUUGUCUUCACUGACACAGGAGGCUGGACCUCCGUAAGGACUCCUCUGUACGCUGCUGCUGCUUUCAUCCAGCUGCCAAGUGAAAAAAACUUGCUCCUUCUGUAAGGAAGUGAACCUACCCAGUGUAAAGCAUCCACAGACUGAACUAAACCAGAAGUUCAAUCUGUUGGAAGAGAUUUUGCAAUCUGACCCAGAAUAAGUUUGGGUCAGCUGGUGAAAAAGCAAAGGCAUCUUUCCAUGCUUGGAUAAGCACGUCCAACAUCCUUUCAAACAAGAAAGCAUCUAUUAGAGAAGACUAAGUUUCAAGAUAGUUUCUAACUAUUGCUCAUGAAUAAGCAAGCAGAUGCUUAAAGCCACAGGGCAUCCUCAAGCUAAUGAUCUCUGCCACAAACGUUAUCUUUCUAAAAAGUUUCUCAAUUUUUGUUUUCUUCCAAUUUUAGUUCAUUUGCGUUAGAACCAAUGCACUGUGCAUAAGAACCACUGACUCCUCAGACUCAGCAAAGCGCCACCUACGGCAGGCUCAGUCACUGCCAGCGAUGGCCUGAGUGUGAAAGUCAGGGGAGACCAGCAGCACCGGGGGGAGGAACGUGGCCCAUCACAGCCUCACACGCAGUCACGUUACCUAAAGAGUUUGCAGUGAACCUAACCCGACAGACAUUUUUGUUGACUGCUGCACAAGAAAUUAAAAUUGUGGUGAUGAAGCUUUCCUCUCAACUGUGUGGUCUUAUUUCAUGUUCCCUCCCCCUGCCCCAGCUUUACAGAAUAUGUAACAUACACACCUCUUACGGCAACUAGAGUAAUAAAACCAUCACCCACCUUCUCCACCACAGCAUUUCCAACAUGCAGCGGCGGUUGUGGGUUCAUUCCCAGGUCCAUCACCCUGCUUCCACCCCUGAGGGAACCACUAGCCUGAGUUCUGUGCUAACCUGCCCUAGGGUUUCCUCUCCAUUUGUUUUCCAUUUCAGCGUUGAUUUGCUGAAGGACAAUGCCUGACUAUUAAACUGAAGAAACUUUCAGAGCAUGUUAGUUUGGAUGCUACAGAGUAAGACAGAUCUGUGUCAGCUAAGCUACAAUCCUUUUUAACUUUGCCUCAAACAUUUUUUUAACUCCCCUACUAGGAAUAUAAGGAGCCCUCCCUGGUGGUGGCACAGUGGUUAAACACUCGGCUGCUAACUGAAAGGUUGGCGGUAUGAACCCACC